GCCACAACGUAAGCAGACACCGAGCACCUGUAUCGCAGAGGUACUCACUGCACCCCAGCAUGCUUCCCAGGCGCAUUGUAGCGGCCCGCCCGCUGGCUCGAGCCAUUGUCCCCGCCGUAGCACGCCCACGACCCCAAUUCAUCCAGAUCCGAACCGCCCUUACCGAUGCCGAGAAGAGCGCCGUCGAGCUUGCUGACCCGAACCAAAAUGGCGGCUACAUCAACCCUCCUGCUGAGAAGCGAGGAAACCGCGACCCAUACGGUGAUUACUGGGACAAGCAGGAGCGCCGCAACUAUGGCGAGCCUUGCCACGAGGACAACGAUAUCCUCGGCGUACUAGCCCUGCACGACUACAACCACUUCAGUCCCCAAUGGGGUUUCGUCCUGAUGGGCACAUUCAUCGCUACCGUCUUUGGACUUUGCGCAGCUGUUGGCACCGUAUACCCCGACAAGCUCAGUGCUCCCAAGACAUACCCAGACGGUCUGGAGGCUGAGCUGGGUGGAAAGGGCGCAUUGCUGGCAAGGAAGCCCGGUGAGGGCUGGUAAAUUGUAUGCAGAUUCAGC